AGUUGUUAAAAAACUUUAGCACCGGAAAGAGUCAUGUAUAACUAUAGUCCGCCAUUUAUUGUGAUAUUAGUCAUAGUAAUAUUAAAUCUAACGGAAGUGAUAAAUAGUCAAGUUUAUCCUGAUCAAACUUUGACACGUUUUGCUUAUAUACGUAAAUUAUAUCCAAAACUUUCAACGGUGGGUGAGGCCCGCUAUUGGCGUUUGGCUCGUAAUGAUAAUUUAAAAGAUCAUCCCUGCAAACGUGAAUGUGUGGCCAAUCAACAUAUGACCUGUUAUUAUUAUAUGGUUGUACAUUAUGAUGAGACAAUGGGUCCUGGUUGUGUUCGAUAUUUAAAUGCUAAAAAUCGUUAUAAAUAUGGUAAUCGAGAAUAUAUAAAUCCGUAUAAUGUUCAAGAAUCAAGUGAAGCUGGUGAUUUUGAUGAUUGUAAAUAUGCUGAUGGUGAGCGAACAGAGAUAAUGGUGGUCAAUGGUCAAUUGCCAGGUCUUGCCAUAGAAGCGUGUUAUGGUGAUACCAUUGUAGCUGAUAUAAUCAAUAGUAUGCAUGAAACUACCACCGUACAUUGGCAUGGUAUACAUCAGACUACUAAUCCACAUAUGGAUGGUGUACCACAUAUAACACAAUAUCCCAUAGAACCGGGACAAGCUUAUCGUUAUCGUUUUGAGGUCGAUCAUGCUGGUACACAUUGGUGGCAUAGUCAUACUGAUCACCAGAGAGCAUUUGGUUUAGCGGGAGCUAUGGUAGUGCGCCAGACGCGUAAAGAAAAUGUGCAUGCUCAUUUAUAUGAUUUUGAUUAUACGGAACAUAUAAUAAUGAUACAAGAUUGGAUGAAAGAUUUAGAUGAAUCAAGACCAAAAUCUAUACUAAUAAAUGGCUUGGGACGCAAUCUAAAGGAUACGACAAAACCAGCUCUAUAUGCCAAAUUUACAGUGGCUCGUGGUGGUCGUUAUAGAUUUCGUUUAAUAUUUAAUGGAGUUACCAAUUGUCCUGUCUCGUUUAGUAUAGAUCGUCAUGAUCUGGUGGUGAUAUCAAGUGAUGGUAAUGAUAUUGAACCUAUAGUGGUGCAAAAGAUUACUUUACAUGGUGGUGAACGUUUUGAUUUUGUGUUAAAUGCCAAUCGUGAUUUGGGCAAUUAUUGGGUACGUGUUAAAGGUUAUACAUUUUGUGCUGCGGAUCAAUUACAUCAAGAGGCGAUUUUACAUUAUAUUUCAGCAGAUCGUUUGGCCAUGCCAUCAGGGCCAGAACCUAGCUAUACGUAUGAGCCCGCAAAUGCUGUAGAGUUUAAUGGUUUCGAUGUUAGUACUUCGGCCCUUCGUAAACGUUUUGGUUUUAAUGAUGCCAAAGCUUUACUAUUGAAAAAUAAACCCACACAAAAACCCGAUAUCACACUAUACACCAGCAUGAAUGUGGUAGUACGCGGUGGUUCUUUUCUAUUUCAAAUGGAUGACAUUACUUUCACUAUGCCAAAAGUAUCAAUGUUACAAACUCGUAAUUUGGGCAUUGGCAAACUAUUUUGUAAUCGUACUCAACAAUUAGGGUUGGGCUUUAAUUGUCUGAAGCGGCAUUGCAAGUGCACGAAUGUUUUACAAGUUCCGGCUUUUAAACACAUCGAAAUAGUCAUAUCGGGAAAGUCAAAUACUGCACAUCCAAUACAUUUACACGGUUAUACGUUUCGUGUUGUGGCUAUGGGUGUAUUGGGUGAAGAUAAAAUUGAUAAGAUAGAAGAAAUUGAUAGACGUAAUCCCCUGCCACGACGUCUUACCAAGGCUCCCCUAAAAGAUACCGUGCAAGUACCGGCCUAUGGCUAUACCAUCAUACGUUUCUAUGCCAAUAAUCCCGGCUAUUGGAUACUACAUUGUCACAUUUCUACACAUGCCGAAAUGGGUAUGGCAGCAGUGUUGCGUGUGGGUGAAGAUAAUCAAAUGAAAAUGUGUCCCGUUAGUAAUUGUGGUUUAUGUAAUUCAAUGACUUAAAAUAUAAUUUAAACAAAGAAAAGGAAAAUUUCAAUAUUAAUAUUAUCGUGUAAUUUAUUUGUAUAGAAUAGUUAAUUUAACAUAAAGGUAAAAGU